AUAUGCGCAGAACGAACAGAAACUUGUCGGAUGACGAAUACGAUCUCCCGUUGAACGAAUAACAGACGUAUAAUGCAAAAAAGAAAUCACCGAUUGGUUGAAAUUCAUACAACUGUGUGGGGGGAAGUGAAUGUAUGCUGGUCUGGCCCAACGCGGCUACAUCCCCGUGCCAGGCCAGCAAGGAAGUAGUAACGCUAGCGUUUUAAUUUUGUCUUUUGUUUAUCGUUUAUGUUUAUUUCACCGGGACGAGGUCGAGCUCGAGGAACGUGGUACAGCCGAGCCGUGCGGCUGGUGCUCGGGGAUAGACCAGAAAAAUAAAUUAGCACCAAUUGUCCAUGGUAAAUUUUCGGUGCGAUCAAGUAGUCGAAAGCGUAUUCAGGCAGCCUUCAACGUAAACAAAAAUGGAGUUAGGGGAGGGAGAGGCGAAGAUUUGUCGUCUUUGCGGCCAGUGCGAAAGUAUAUAUAUUGAUGUGUUCGGUGAAGAAGGCACCAAACGAUUUUUGGGAUUGAAGAUUUAUACGAAAAUCAACAUUUUGAUAGAUGAGAGGGAUCCUCUGCCCAAGGCGAUCUGUGUUCAGUGUCUGGGCAAGCUCGAAUUCGUUUGUGACUUCCAAGAGGAGUGUCUUCGCACCCAACAAGUGUUACGCGAUCGAUACAAUCUACCACCCUUAUCAGAAAUUAUAAAAAAGAACGAUGGAUUGCCUCAAAUUGUGUGCAUGCGAUGUCUGGGCACGUUGGAAUUCUUGUGCGACUUCUACGACAGCUGCCAUCAUGCUCAAAAGGAACUCUCUGAGGUAGUUCAAAAGGAAACUGAAGAUGAACUCCAACGAGAAAAUGACGCUGAAUCGGACAAAGAAAAUGCUACACCAACAAUUGACACGAAACGCAAAGCCUUAUCGCCAGUCAUUAAUAAUUGUAUAACCAAAAGUAACGCGCCGUAUAGCAAUAUCGAGAAAACGAAUAACGAUCAGACUAAUACGAAUACAUUAGAAAAUAUAGUGAACACUCAAUCCACAUUGGAUAAUAUUCCUACACGAGAAAAGUGUUCAAUGAACAGACAGAGUAAUGGUACGAAACUUAAACGCAAAACAAAUUUCACAAGAAAGGACGCUAUUAUGAAGAAGACAAGUUCAAGAAAUUUAUUGAGAGAAGAUGAAACAAAUGUUAACGAAAACUCGGUGUUUCCUGUACGACGUAAGAGAGGUAGAAAGAGUAAAUUGGAAAAAAUGAGGGAGGCUGCGUUGUUACAGAAAGAGCUGCAGAAUGUCAUUGAUAAAAGGAACAAUGAUUCUAAUAACAAGAGCAAAAGAUAUUGUUUACGUAAUAUUUAUGACAAUACUAAUUUCAAUGAUGCAAUUAAAAGCACUAUAGUUCUACCUAAACAAGUGGAUGAAAUCACAGCGAAGGAACAGGUAGAAAUGGACUCGUCAUCAAAUGAAACUCAUACAAAGGAUAAUACUACUAAUAGUAAUAAAUCAACAAAAACAAAACCUGAUGAUGAAAACUUGAAAAAUGUUGAAGACUGUUCAAGGAAAAUUGAAAACAAUUUGGUAAAAAAUAAAGCAAUAUCUGUUAUUGUGAAGCAGGAGAAAUUGGAAUCUGAAGGCACACUUAAACAGACUGAGAAAUUGAGUCACUUAACUUGGAUUCCUAAUGAGAUUUUGGUGCAAGAAAACAUAAAUUUGACGGAUAACGAGAAUGAGAAUCAAACGGAUCAACAAUUAAGUUCUUCACUAAGAGCAGAAAUCACUAAUACCGAAACAAGUAAAAGUACUGCGACUACAGAAUCCAAUGUUACUGAUUGCUCCAACCUACCUAAUGAUCAAAGUAAUUUGAAACCAAGAGCAUUCACGGCACAAAAUCGUAUAAGUGUUAUAAAGUCGUCAAACGAGACAGCCACUGCAACGAUUGAGAAAGAUCCUUUAGAACUGUGCAUUAAAGCAGAUACAUUAAAUCAAAAUGUAGAGGGAGAUUUAAAGUCUAGUCUAACUGAACAAUUGUUGCUGCAACAAAACAAUCAAAGUAACAGUUCUGACGACAGCAAGGAGCAGAGGAAGAGCAAAGACAAGUUGUUCUUUAAAAUCUCUGAAUUGAUUAGUGAUGAAGAAAAACAAGCCAUUGAAACAUAUUAUACGGUCGACAUGUCGAUUGUCGAUCAUGAAGAGGUACAGAAGAAUUUAACGAUAGUCGAUAAAAAGAAUAUACGUUGCAAUAUUUGUGGACUCUUUUACCUCAGAAUAGAUAAGUGUCAAGUACACGUUUGGGGCCAUUUGCAAAUGAAACCUUACCAAUGCAAAGCGUGUGAUUUUUCUACUGUAACUGUUACCAAUAUUCGUGGGCAUAUUAGAAAAAGUCAUUUAAAAUUGAAGCCAUUUCCGUGCCAUAUCUGUGAGAAACGGUAUGCCACUGCGUUUCUUCUAGAUGAACAUAUGAAUGUUCAUACAGGUGACCGUCCAUAUAAAUGUAAAUUAUGUGAUUUUUCGACUUCAAGAAGACAGAUGCUAAGUUAUCACAAUUCGACUCAUAAAGUAUUAAAGGACGUCAAUUGUAAGGUUUGUGGAAAAGAGUUUUAUUCAAGAGGCAGAUUACGAGCACACAUGAUCAUGCACAACAAGGAUAAAGUUAUAUGUAAAUUGUGUUCUGCUUGCUUAUCCAAUCAAGAAGCUUUAGAGACACAUCAUAAAAAUGUGCAUAUGCAAGAUUAUAUAUGCAGUAUUUGUGGUAAACGCCUUAAAUCAAAGAAAGCUUUGCAUAACCAUAGAAAUGUACAUGCUGUUGGAAAGUACAAAUGUUCCUUGUGUCCGAAUGUGUACAAAAGUAGUCAAAUAUUAAAAGAACAUCUUUUAAAACACAAAGGUAUUAGGAAUUAUAAGUGCAACGUCUGUGAAAAAGCAUUUGGACAACAGUCUCAUUUAGCUGCUCACAUGGCAGUACAUAGUAAAAUUAGAUUUCAUUGCCCUGGAUGUGACAGACCUUUCAAUCGGCAUGACAACAUGAAAAUACACACUAAACGAUGCAAAGUGUUUCUGGCGAAUCCAGAACUUAAAAACUUUUUUAUAAAAAGAGAAAGAUGUUCGUCGUUUACUAAAGUCACAGAGUUAGAAGAUGAUCUGAGAAGCGAUGAUAUAUCAACACCUACUUCGCCUACAUUUGUUGAGAGUCAAAAUAGUGAAUUAUCAACUGAAACUAUAGAUAAUCAAAAUAAGGGUGCAGUAAAUUUCUGCAAAUUAGGACUGAACAUCUCUUGUAUCGAGCCAGUAAAUAAAACUUGGGAUCACGAUUUAUAUGAAAAAACAGAAGUUACAAGGUCCACUGAAAUUAAUGUAAUUCAAAUUACACAAGUUAAUGAUAAAUUCAUUCCAGAAAGUGAAAAUCUGACAGUUCUUGAAAACGUUUUGAGACCAGAAAGUUUUUGAUACUUUCUAUACAAGAAUAUGGAAUUGACUUUAAAUUUUUUCAUUGACUAUCGUACAAUGAUAUUAUCCAAGAGUACAAAUGUGAUAUAAGGUUUCAUGUUUUCAAAUCGUUCAAUAACAAAUUACGUAUCGUUUC